AUGGGGAAACCAGCAGGGUAUUGGGUGAAUAAGAUUAGAACAUCCUUCAAAGGAGGAUCUUCGUCGAGCAAAUCAUCAGAGGAUGGAAGUGCUUCUGGUUCGAGAAAGAGCGGUUCAAAACAUAGUAGGAGUCAGAAAACAGAGGAAAGUAAUAAGAAUGUUGAAGCAGGAGGAGCUCAAGCUGAGGGUGGGAGGAAAGUGAUGGUUGUUGUGGACACAACUUCACAAUCAAAGAAUGCUCUUCAAUGGGCAUUAACACAUUGUGUUCAAGAUGAAGACAAUAUCACUCUCCUUCAUGUCACAAAAACACCUGUAGGACAAGGUGGAGAUGAGACACAAAGGGAGAGAAACUCAAGGGCUCAUGAACAAGUACAUCCAUUAAAGAACCUUUGUCAACUCAAGAAACCUAAAGUGAAGACGGAAAUAGUGGUGGUUGAGACAGCAGAGGAGAAAGGGAAGGCAAUAGUAGAGGAAUCAAAGAAACAAGGAGCAGGAGUUUUGGUUUUAGGGCAAAGAAAAAGAACUUCCAAGUGGCGUGUGAUAUGGAAGUGGCGCACUAAAGCAGGAAUGGGUGGAGGAGUUAUUGAGUAUUGUAUUCAUAACUCAGAUUGUAUGGCUAUUGCAGUGCGAAAGAAGAGUAACACUGGAGGUUACUUGAUCACCACGAAACGUCACAAAGAUUUCUGGCUCUUGGCCUAA